ACCCACAGUGCGUAGUCAUCAUCAAUUUUUGUGGAAACGACGACGAUUGCAAACAUUGCCAAAUUCCACUUUUUCAACAGGUUUAGAGAAGAAAGUGGCUAAAAGGGGACGAAUUCGUUGCCAUCUUUGUUGUUCCACAAUUGGCGCGCUCUUGUGAUAGCAAUAUUUCGCAGCCCAUCGUACCUCAUAACCGACCGCAGCUCCAUUUAUAGAAAAGUGAAUAUGUGACGGAGCUAUAAGCAAAACAAAACAGUUUCGUUGAUUGUUUCCCUUUCGCUCCAACCACUCUGCUGCUGCAAGGUGUACACUUGCCACAUCGAACCAAGAAAAGCGAAGAUUGUUGUAUCGUACGACGAAGCAGCGCGCUUUACCAGGUCACCCUAGCUGCCGUUGCACUUCCUAUCGGACGCUACCGUACACCAAUUGUGCAAUAUCUUUCGAAGAGAUAUUUUUCUGCUCAUCCCGAGGCUUCCGCAGAUAAGCUACCCCCCCCCCCCCCCUUCCCCAUUCACUCUGGUUGUGUGGGAGAGGAAUGGAUAAAGGUGCAACCGUACGGUUAUGAACAUUUAUGACGCGCGCGCGAAUCGAUUACGAAAACAAAAACGCUAAAACAAAAUGAAACCAAGCGCAACAAAACAAGCGCCAGUGGGCGCGCUCGGUUCGGGUGCGAACAGCAGCAAACUUCCGGACGGGAUUUCAUCAUCCAACGGUACCAGCACGGGCGACCGGAAGUUCGUCGAUUACUCUAGUAUUCGCGAGAAGACGGUUCUGGUGGGGCCGACGGAGGAGCAGUUUGAUCUGCUGAUGAAACGAUUAGAAGAACGUAUUUCCGCCAGCCGUGGUGAGACGGUGUACGAGAUUGGCAUUGGGGAAGAUGGAAGCGAAAAUGGUCUCGUGCCGGAUGAUUAUGCUGCGUCCGUGGCAACGCUGGAAUCCCUGGCAGCUAUGCUUGGCGCGGACUGUGUUCCGCUGCGCACCCGAAAGGCGGAGCAGGGCAAUACCGGGCAGUACCUCAUCCGGCGGAAGGUAGAGGAGGACGAUUUCACCGAGGUGCGGGUCGCCGUCGUGGGCAAUGUGGACGCCGGAAAGUCCACCCUGCUGGGCGUGCUGACCCACGGCGAGUUGGACAAUGGCCGGGGGUUCGCGAGACAGCGGCUCUUUCGCCACAAGCACGAGAUUGAAAGUGGCCGCACCAGCUCGGUGGGAAAUGACAUCCUUGGGUUUGACAGUGUGGGCAAUGUGGUGAACAAACCGGACCAUGGCACCCUCGACUGGGUGAAGAUAUGCGAAAAGUCGGCCAAAGUCAUCACGUUCAUUGAUUUGGCAGGCCAUGAGCGGUACUUGAAGACGACCGUGUUCGGCAUGACGGGCCAUGCGCCGGAUUUCGGCAUGCUGAUGAUUGGAGCGAACUCCGGUAUCGUGGGAAUGACGAAAGAACAUCUGGGGCUGGCGUUAGCACUGUCCGUGCCGGUAUUCGUCGUCGUCACCAAGAUCGACAUGUGCCCGCCGAACAUUCUGCAGGAGAAUUUGAAGCUGCUGUACAAAAUAUUGAAAUCGCAGGGCUGCCGCAAGGUGCCGGUGAUGGUGAAAACGAGCGAUGACGUCGUGCUGAGCGCCACCAACUUCGUGUCGGAGCGGUUAUGUCCCAUCUUUCAAGUGUCGAACGUGACGGGCGAGAACCUGGACCUGCUGAAAAUGUUCCUCAACCUGCUGAACGUGCGCACCACGGGCAACGAUGCCCUGCCGACCGAGUUCCAGAUUGACGAUACAUAUGCUGUACCGGGCGUUGGAACCGUCGUGUCCGGGAUCACGCUUCAGGGGAUAGUGCGGCUAAACGAUACGCUGCUGCUCGGGCCGGACCCGUUGGGAGACUUUCAGCCGAUCACAAUCAAAAGCAUCCACCGCAAGCGCAUGGUGGUGCGCGAGGUGCGCAGCGGGCAGACGGCCAGCUUUGCGCUGAAGAAAAUCAAGCGCUCCCAGAUACGCAAGGGCAUGGUGAUGGUCAGCCAGGCGCUGAACCCGCAGGCCUGCUGGGAGUUUGACUGCGAGAUACUGGUGCUGCACCAUCCGACGACGAUCUCGAGCAAGUACGGGCGCUGGUCGGCGAUGGUACACUGUGGCAGCAUCCGGCAGACGGCGCAGAUCUUGCAAAUGUCCAAGGAAUGCCUGCGCACCGGCGACAAGGCCGUGGUGCGGUUCCGCUUCAUCAAGAAUCCCGAGUACAUGAAGCCGGGCCAGCGCAUGGUGUUCCGCGAGGGGCGCACGAAAGCGGUCGGGAACGUGAUUCAGCCGCUGUACACGCCUGGGAGCAUCCAGCAGCGCUCCAAGCCGAAUAAAAUGCAAUCGAACCGUGGUGCGAUGGUGGGCGGAAUGCAGACCGGGUCUGGGAUGACCUGUUCCGCUAACAUGCCACUAUCCAAGGGAUCCAGUGCAACGGUGGACGGGGAUGCGGCUGUUGCUACUGCUGCUGCGGGAGGCAUGGACAAUGGCACGGCCAACAGUUCGCCGACCAGCGAGUCAACGCCCGUGCUGGACAUUGGGACGGAUAAGCGCAACCACCGGCCAGCGGGCGGUGGUAAGAAGCGCAACAAUAUGGCGGGGGCCACCGGAGCAGGGCCGAGUUUACCGCCCGCAAGCGGUAAGGUGUUAUCGGCCGGUAGUUCAGGGACAGUCUCACAACAAUCGGUUGCUUCGGUGGCUGCCCCUGGAGCAUCAUCGUCGGCCGCGUCCGGUGGGGCCGCCGUCGCCGUUGACAUGAGCAAACUAUCCAUUGCUUCCAACUAGAUAAGCGUUUAGAUUUUGUUGUUGGACUGUGUGCACUGACUGACGAGUGCGGGAGCAGCAGUAAAGUGAAGUAUGAAUUACUUUUUUUUGCGGGCCUGCUCGCACAUCAGCGACCGGUGCACACCGGUUUUGGUUGAAAACCACCCUAUCAAGGAGCUCCCCCGGGUACAACUCUCUUACCACCUGUUUUGACAUCGUCGAGCUCGUCGUUUUUUUUUUUUCUUGCGAGACGCGAUGGCCAUAGCCUCUGGCAAAUGGAAAUUUGCAAUUUUAUUCUUAAUAUGCACCUCUGCGAAUGUACGUCGACAAAAACACGCACGCACUAUCGAAUCAAGUAUGUAAUGUUGUUCCCGUACGAUCAACAAUUUCUUAUUUACUAUAUUGACAUUUUCAUGCAACGGAAGAGAUCGGUUUUGAAUUGGAAUUAGUGCUAGGGGAUUAUGCGUAUUGACGCAGAGCAACAGCAUGCACUACGUACGAUAACAGUGAGCUAAAAACGAAGGAAAUUGACCCUUCCCGAAGCGAAAUGAUGAAUUGUUGCAAAUUUCAGAAUGUUAUUUUCGUUUCGCAACUGCAAUUCACAACACGAGGCGACACAUUUUCGACAAAUAAAAAUAAAUUUUAAUUACAUUGAA